CCUACCGAUGCUCGUCGACGCUACCGUCAUCAGUGUCGGAGCCACAGGUCGGCACAGACUGGCAACAGGGAAGAAAUUUCUUUACGGUGCAGACGCAUGAUAAGGCAUUGUAAAAAUAACUGUGACAAUAGUCUGCGGCUGUAGCUUGCUGAUGCCAGAGGAGACGAGUUGGCGCUACGACAGCAACCACAUUAAGGGUAAUGCCGCUGGCCAAGGUCGGCUUCCGAUUAAUCUUAGGGCACGUGUAUGAUUCCAGAAGCUUACGAUCAGCAGAGCUGUUAAGGAUGGAAUCGGAAUUUUUGAUCUGGUGGACCGAGCCAGGUUUUUACAAUGGAAGUGUGUGGGAUUUGUCGUCGAGUUCUUCGAGGGGCUGUCACCGGUGGUGUUGGUCAAUUGAUCGAGAGCUUCGCCGUUUACGUCGUGGUUUUGGUUAAUCAGUGACUGAUUACGAGUAAUACCUUUAAUGGGAUUCAGUACGAUUGGAAUAAUCAGUGUUGAGCUAUGAAGCAAUAAAGACGGCACGACAUGAUGACCGCUGCAUAGAAACUACCACCGUGGUCCUUUCUCCGUAUGUCUGUUGGACAUAGAAUUGAAAUAUUCUUGUGAACACUAGUGUAGCAUUCGACUCAAUUCAUUCCCAGCAAUUUUAAGAUUGAGUUUCCACUCUUGACCGAAGCUUAGGGUGAUCUCUUGCGGGAUGACUCGCUGAAGGGUGGAAAGCGCGGAGUUCAUCCUAACUCUAAACUGCUGAGCCUAUGUCCUAGCAUAAUCGAGGUUGUAAGUUUUAGUAAGUUUCAAAGAUGAAAGAUCUCUGUCAGUAAAUUAUUGAAUAAGUCGCUCAAUGAGGUUGGGCGACAGCAAAAGGGAGGUACGUGGAAGUGAGAGGAUCGUAGCAUGAGAAUCAAUGAUUAGAUUUUGUCAGUUGCAAUUAGAGUCGGGUGUGGAGGUGAAGCGUACCGAUUUUCACCAGGUUCUAUCCGAUUUCCACGGAUUUCUUGUUGUUAGCUACAAUCACAACCAUUCCUAGUUGCAGCGCCCGUGGUGGCAUCGUCAGAAGUGGUUACUUGCACCUCACUCCCCAAAUUCGUGAUGUUAGCAUUUAAAACUUGGUCAAUACUGCAGAAAGACAGAGAUUGUUCAUCUCACGCGCUGAUACUUCGGCGCAUCGUGACAACUACCGAGAGGACAACUUCGUACUACGAAACUGUGAGGCAUAUAUCUCGCUGCACGAUUUUUGAAGUUCUUGGCGCGCAUGCAGAGCCUUCAAACCUUUGUAGAGUGAAAGAGUUCAAACAGGUGCAUCCUCUACUCCGGGGUAGUUGUAAGUCCGGUGGUGAAUCCAUGAGGAACUCACCAGUCACCUUGUGACUUAUUCUAAUGCAAAGAGAUUUCGAAUUUCCGCGUUUUGAGUGAAGACAAGCUGGACUGACCCUCACGAGUAGUUGACUUUUUAAGCAAGGUAUCCGACCCUGAACUUGAAGCGAAGGCGGUAUGUUUAGUCGUUGGCGUCCAUGCCAAAUAUAUAUAUAUAUAUAUAUAUUUCACUGAUUUUUGAACAGGUUGACCUUAAUUUGUCUUCUUCUACGGCUGCCUCUCCAAUCGGCUCUCAUUUAACAACCUCGAGAAGGACACGUGGAGUAAGGGAGUAAGAGCAAUUUGCAAUGUAAUUGUAGCAACUGCCUUUGUGAUGCAUAUCUGCAGGCCCUUCUCUGGCGCUGCAAGUGGUGAAAGACUCUUACCAUCAGAAUCGCUGGAUGCAAGUGUACAUAAUGCCAGGAAUUCUCAUCUGGACGUUAGCUGCGUCGUGACGCUGUUUCCAGUUUCGAUUCAUUUUGUUCACUCUCUUAGGUCGUUUCUUUACAGAUUUUGUGUACGAGGAACUAGAACCGCAGGAAAUUAUUGCAUUGCACACAAAGACUUCUGACCUGAACGUAGAAAUAGAUCCGUCUCUGAAUCAUAGUUCCGAGAAUGUUUAUUGGAGAAACCAUAAGCAAGAUAUUUCUUCUACGUUUCAAAGAACAGGAUUCAAGAUUACACCUCCAGGACGUUGUCAGCAUCACGCUCAAAUUUCAACUUAACUUCAAGGGGGAGGCUUCUGUUGUGAGCGGCUCGUGGAAUUGGACACGACAGUGAGGAAGAGACUAGGCUUGCGCGAAUUUGGUUUUUCAGGUGGCAUUCGAGAAAGGCGCCAUUAAUGCCACCACCGCCAUUGCUGGAUAAGAGCCUCAUGCUGGUUUCAGUUGGACAUGGGCUUCUGGAAAUGACGUCAACGAUCGGGUUUGAUUAUUAGAAAGUGCCUUGUACAGUGAUUUAACUUCCUUGUGCGGGCUUCCGGGAUCUUCAGAACUUCUGUGGUUAAUGACGUUUUGUGCUCCAGCUGCGGGGUGAUCCAGUCGGUUUUAGAAACUCUGAAGUAUCACAAUGGGGUGCUUUUCCUGCUAUUUCCCUUGGUCGAAGGAGGAUGAAUUGGGUGAUUACGAGAGCCAGGAGCAGUUCAAGGUCGUCUUUGACCAACAUUCGACAUCUUCGCAGCCUGGAUCUGAGCGUCGCAACGCAAAUACAUUUCAAUUGUUUACGAAUGUGAACGACGACCACCAGAAGUCAGCUGCGGCUGCAGAGAAAUUCACAAUGAAAGAUAUCCUUUCCGCAACUUGUAACUGGUCUCCAUCAAAUAAAAUAGGGCAAGGGGGCUUCGGUUUGGUGUACAAAGGCAGACUAAAGGACGGGAGGAUGGUGGCCAUCAAACGCAGCAGGAUGGAUCAGUUUGCACCUCGGCUGGGGGCCGAGUUUCGAACGGAGGUCGAAAUGUUGACUCAGGUGGAUCAUUUGAACCUCGUGAAACUGAUCGGCUAUUUGGAAGAAGGACCUGAAUGUAUUCUAGUCGUGGAGUAUGUUUCGAACGGCAAUCUUGGUGAACACUUAUAUGGCACCUACGGGAGACCACUCGACAUGAGGACUCGAUUGGAAAUUGCGAUAGACAUCGGACACGCACUUACAUAUCUACAUCUUUAUGCCGAUCGGCCAAUCAUACACAGGGGUAUUAAGUCGUCAAACAUACUCCUCACAGAAAGGAAUCGAGCCAAGGUUGCGGAUUUUGGAUUCUCUCGCUUGGGACCGUCCGAUGCUGGGGAUACCCAUGUCUCAACUGCAGUAAAGGGCACUGCAGGUUAUUUGGAUCCGGAAUACUUAAACACUUAUAAGCUGCACCCGAAGUGUGAUGUUUAUUCUUUCGGCGUUUUGCUCAUAGAAUUUUUUACUGGGAGGCGACCGAUUGACAUGAAGAGGAUGGGUGCUGAACGCUUCACUCCCCAAUGGACGCAGAAGAAAUUUUCAGAAGGGAGACUGGUCGACAUGCUUGACUGUAAAAUCAAGAAAACACCAGCAUCAUUGAGCGCCUUUCAUCGCUUGGUUACCCUCGCCUUUGCUUGCACAGCACCUCAAAGGACUAAGCGACCCAGCAUGAAGAGGGUAACUGAGGUUCUUUGGGACAUUCGCAAAUUUUUUUUGGAAGCACAUGAGCUAGACCAGCAGGGUAGUUAUGAAAGCCGCGUUUGAAGCAGCUCGGCUGAAGCAGGCCAACAUAUUCAUCGAGCAUCAAAUAGACGUCGUCGCAGGGAUGGAGCGAUACCCUCUCUGCACAGGCUCUGGAGCUUUUAAGCCAAGACGCAUUGAAGAUGUUAUACAGAUUGAACAGGGUGGGAGUAACGAGUGAAAGUUUCAUCCUACAGAAACAAACACUCGCCGCAAUCGCGAUAGGAUUGUAGGUGAGUAGAUUGAUCAAGUACAAACUUCAGGUAUCCUCUACCUUUCGAAAACCAAGCAUAGCACGUUCACGCAGCAGCAGACACUAUGCUCAUCUUUUUUUCGUCUCGAUAGGAACGUCGCUGUAUGCAACGAGAGAAGUGAUGGCUGCAAGAGCUCAUGAAACUGGAGCGUGUUCGCUGAUCAAUCUGUCCGACUGAACGUUUGUAUUUUACUCCUUGGAAAAAAGAGCUACGGUUGUCAGAUAUUGGAAUUAUUUAACUAACAUGAUUAGAAGAGAGAAUCCUCCUACAUUUGAGACAUACUUAAAAAGCAUACGGAACAUUUAUCGAGGAGACUUGUAAAAUUUGUAGCCAAUCGAAAUGUACCAAUUAUAGGUACGAUGUAUUCAAAUGACAUGUAAGUGUAACAUAAUUUGAUAUAUAAAACUUCACAUUACCAGUAUUUAUUCUCUGAUCGUAGUAUGCAAACUGUACCACAAGUGCAGUGUCUCACAAUAUACUUCUAGGCCAGUGGGGCCCGAGCUGCCGCUACCGAGUUUGACAGGGAAAUGGAAAUUGUUCAAAGGGAUAUGAAGAUAGAAAACUAACAUCAAACAUGUAAAC